AUCAGCAUCUCCAGUCAGUGUAGAGGAGCUGGGAGUCUGGAGGAGCAGGAGCAGGCAGCACAGAGUUCAGCGGCUCCCGCGUUCGUCCGACACUCAGCUAGAGCUGCUCUCCAGACAGUGGAGGUGAUGAUGGCGGCGGCUGUAGAGAGAGGAGGCGUCCGGGCCGCUUUCCUGAACCCGAGCAGCGGUGGCGGCGGUGGACCAGCACCGACAACCCUCCAAACUGGAGCGUUAGCCGGGGCUGUGGUCCUGGGCUCGGGCUCCGACAGCAUGCCUGUACCCAUGAACCUCUUUGCGACCUGGGAGAUAGACCGAUCAUCCCCAAGCUGCGUUCCAAGACUCUGCAGCCUCACGCUGAAAAAGCUGGUCGUCCUCAAAGAACUGGAUAAAGAGCUGAACUCCCUGUCUAUAGCUGUCAAAAUCCAGGGUUCGAAGCGUCUUCUGAGAUCAAAUGAGUACGUCCUUCCACCCAGCGGAAUGAUGGAGACAGAUCUGGAGCUCACAUUCUCACUACAGUACCCCCAUUUUCUGAAGAGGGAUGCCAACAGACUGCAGAUUAUGCUGCAGAGGAGGAAACGCUACAAGAAUCGAACAAUCCUGGGCUACAAAACUUUGGCUGUGGGAGUUAUCAAUAUGGCUGAGGUGAUGCAACACCCGACAGACGGAGGACAGAUUCUGGGUCUCCAUAGCAACGUGAAGGAGGCACCAGUGCGCGUGGCGGAGAUCAGCGUGUACUCUCUGUCCAGCCAGCCCAUCGACCACGAGGAAGGUAGCGGCCAGGCUGGCCGCAAGACCAAAACCUCAGACCGCUCCCCAGACAUGGAUAACUAUUCUGAGGAGGAUGAUGACAGCUACUCGUCAGAGCAGGAAGCCAGCGAUGAUGCAGUUCAUGCCCAGGAUCUUUAUGAUGAAGACGACGAGGUCAGGAAGCCUAAGAAAUCCCGGAGGAAAAUGAUCCGAACCACCUCCAUGACCAGGCAACCUAACUUCAAGCAGAAGUUUGUGGCCUUGCUGAAGAGGUUCAAGGUAACAGAUGAGGUCCUGGACUCCGACCCAGUCGACCAGACCCAGGAAGUGGAGGAGGAUCUGGACUUACUCUACGACAGUCUGGAGGUGUACAACCAGAGCGACAGUGGGCCAGAGAUGGAGGACAACGAGAGCGUCCUGAGCACUCCCAAGCCCAAACUCAAGCCGUUUUUUGAAGGGAUGUCUCACUCCAGUUCCCAGACAGAAAUUGGAAGCAUACACAGCCAAAAAAGUCAGCAGAGAGAGCUGUCGUGUCCUAGUGGUGAAUUUUUAACCGUGGACAGAUGUAAAGUGCAAGGGGCCCGGAAUAAAGAUGACAGUGUCACAGAUACAACCGUUGGGGAGCCAGAGGCUGACGACAGCGGGCCGGGGCCGGGGGAGGUGAGCAGCUGGGAUGUCAACACCGAACGGAUGACCAGCACUGUUGGCAAGCUCUGCAAGACAGAGUCCCAAAACCACAUGUCUCCCAGUAAAGUGGAGAACAGGCUGCAGAGGCGUCCUCGCAGCACCUCCAUGAAAGACCGACAGAACUCCAAGGCCCAGAGCGACAGAACCAGCAGCAUGGAGAGCGAGUGCUCCCCAGACUCGCGUCUCAUAGCACAGGUUCCAAGGAAGUCUGUGUAUGACCAGCUGAACCAGAUCCUCAUCUCCGACGAACGCCUGCCAGAGAGCAUCAUCCUCAUUAACACCAUGGAGUGGCAAGGACAGUAUGUAUCCGAGUUGCUCCAUGAACAGGGCCAGCCCAUUGUGUCCACCUGCUCUGCUGCCGAUGUUCAAGCUGCCUUUAACACCAUCGUUACUCGCAUCCAGAGAUUCUGUAACUGCAAUGCACAGACACCACCGACGAUGAAGGUGGCCGUGGCAGGCGACCAGAGUUACCUCAGCACCAUCCUGAGGUUCUUCGUGGAGCAGCUGGCCAACAAGACACCUGACUGGCUCAGUUACAUACGCUUCCUGGUGAUCCCCAUAGGUUCUCAUCCCCUGGCAAAGUAUGUGGCCUCCUUUGACAGCAGGUUCAACAGCAUCUUUAUGGACACCGCAUGGAGGGAGCUGUUCUGCAGGACAGAACGGCCCACCUCAGACAACAUAGACGUAGCAGGACGAGUCGUUCAGUAUCUGGUCGGUGCCAACGUGUCCCACCAGUUCCCCAUCUCAGAAGCAAUGCUCACCUACAAACAGAAGAGGAAAAGAAGUUUGUAUUUUGAUUUUUACAUCAGCCCCGAUGAGGACUCCUGUCAGAAAUUUGUGCCAUUUAUUGGGGUUGUGAAAGUUGGGAUUGUGGAGCAAAGCCUCUCAACUUCAGUGGACUCAGAUGAUGCGAUGGGGGUCAACACAAGCAUCCUGUCCUCCCCAACGCCCCCAUCGGCCGGUCCGUAUGGGAAGGAAAUUGGGGGCACCCCCCCACAGUCGCCCUCUGUGUCCACGGCCCUCUCUGGAGCUGGCUCUCCAUGUUCAGGCAGUGAAGUGAUGGGGCUCCAGGUGGACUACUGGACGUGGCAAGGCCCAGAGAAGAAGAAAGAGGGGGAGAAGAGAGACGUGGGACUGAAGAACACACUGAAGAGUAACUUCCGGUCACUGCAAGUCAGCCGUCUGCCCUGUGGAGGGGAACUCACCCCCCCACCCAGCAUGGCCAUGACCGUGGUCACCAAGGAGAAGAACAAGAAAGUGAUUUUUCUCAGCAAGAAGCCCAAGGAGAAAGAGCUGGACUCUAAGAGCCAAGUGAUUGAUGGCAUCAGCAGGUUGAUCUGCACCGCCAAGCACCAGCACACCAUGCUGAGAGUCACUAUUGAUGGAGUGGAGUGGAACGAUGUGAAGUUUUUCCAGCUCGCUGCCCAGUGGCCAACCCACGUCAAGCACUUCCCGGUGGGAAUCUUUGGUUACACUAAGCCUGUGUGACCCUGGCCACCGUCCACUCAACCACCACCAGAAUCUCAGCUGCACUUGUCUCACAGAGAGGCUACAGAGAAUUAGAGGAAAAGCCAACAGGCCCCCCCCCACCCCACCCCCCAGGCAGUAAUAGUUUUCCUGUGGAAAUCUUACUGACUCACAACCACGUGUUCAAUACACAAAUUUCAUGUUGUUAAUUGGAUGUUUUUGAUGUUGUUGGGUGUUGUUGUUUUUUUACACACUACAAAAAGAACAAGUACUAUUUUGUAAGAUUUGUGCUACCGCCUCGGAGGUAUUUUGAGGUUUUGACAAUUUGCCACAUUUCGAUAAUGGCAGCUGUGUUUGCACUUUGUUUUUGUUAACAUUUUAUUAUUUCUGUGAAAUCCUACAUUUAUUGUUACUCUAUAGACAAUGGAGGAGUGUGAUGGUGAUGUGCAGUGGCGUGUGUGAGAUUGUUUGAGACCGUGUUUGUUGUUGAAAGUUGGAAUAUUGCUGUGAAUCUAGGUGGAAUCCUUCUCUUCUAACUCAGUGCUCGGUUUUUCUUACUCGUCCCUUUACUUUCUCAAGGUCAAUUUUUAUAGAUAGGAACAGAACGUUCUGUUUGCCUCGUUGCUUUUAAGCGCAUCAUAUACCUAAAGCAAAAAAGAAACAAACUAAUGGUAUUUUUGAAGGUAGCUAUAAUGAAUGUAGCUAUGGAGCAUUUGUAACAUGUAAGCAGUUCAUCAGAUCAGCUCAUUAUUAAGUGCUGAAGAUUUUCUAUCUGUGUAAGUGUACAUUCAGACUGUACAGUAACAUCUACUUAGAAGCAGGGUAACAUUACACCACAAAACAUAUUUCAACUAUUAACAGCUGAAUGCCAAAUUUAGUUGUGACUGGAUGAACUGUCGUAUUGUUUCAAGGAUUCCUGAAUUGUUUUAGUUUCCCAGCUGCCCCGUGUUCAGCUUGAUGUACUGGCUUACCUGAGAGGCCGUCUCACAGACCUGCAGUAACUUAGCAAAUACUGGAUUUCUCCACAUGUGCAGUGAUGUGCCAAAGUCAAGUUAAUUUUACAGUGUAACCACCAGAGCUCUUGGCUUGGCCAAACUUCAUAGUAUGUUAAACUGAAAAGUAAAAUCGUACAUUUAAUGUAUGUGGUGUGGUGGUCCCUGUGGAGAUCAGUAUUUAGAUUACUGAGAUAAUACUUUUGACAAAUGUACCAGUUAGUGCUCCACAUUUGGCCAAAUGUUAUCCUAACCAAGCAAUUACUGUUGUGUCCUUUAUUACAGCUUCACCGUGGCUGGACAUGCAAGUAGUACCUUACCUAAAACAUACUGUUGGUCAGUCUGUAAUGUGUAGGUCUGCUAUGGGAAAAUUACAAAUAAGUUAGACUUGAAACAUGCUUUGACAGUUACGUUGAGCUCAAUACAAGUAUUGAAUUACUUUAAAAAUGAUUUAAAAAAAAAAAAAGUGUAUGGAGUCUU